AUGGCCUUGCAUGUGUCCUGGGAGCCUUAUGGAGCCGGGCAGCAGUACACAGCCAGAGGUGUUUGCAAGAGCAAGCCCUUGGACUUGGUUUUUAUCAUUGAUAGUUCUCGAAGCGUAAGGCCCCUGGAGUUCACCAAAGUGAAAACCUUUGUCUCCCAGAUAAUUGACACUCUGGACAUUGGGGCAGCGGACACGCGGGUGGCAGUGGUGAACUAUGCGAGCACCGUGAAGAUCGAGUUCCAUCUCCAGACCCACUUGGAUAAGCAGUCCUUGAAACAGGCCGUGGCUCGAAUCACACCCUUGGCUACAGGCACCAUGUCGGGCCUGGCCAUCCAGACAGCGAUGGACGAAGCCUUCACAGUGGAGGCAGGAGCUCGGGCACCCAGCUACAACAUCCCAAAGGUGGCCAUCAUCGUGACAGACGGGCGGCCCCAGGACCAGGUGAACGAGGUGGCUGCUCGGGCCCGGGCAUCUGGUAUUGAGCUCUAUGCUGUGGGUGUGGACCGGGCAGACAUGGAGUCCCUCAAGAUAAUUGCCAGUGAACCCCUAGAGGAGCAUGUCUUCUACGUGGAGACCUAUGGGGUCAUUGAGAAACUUUCCUCUAGGUUCCAGCAGACGUUUUGCGCUCUGGACCCAUGCAUGCUUGGCGCCCACCAGUGCCAGCACGUGUGCGUCAGUGACGGGGAGGGCAAGCACCACUGCGAGUGCAGCCAAGGAUAUGCCCUGAAUGCCGACGGGAGGACGUGUUCUGCUAUCGAUAAAUGUGCUCUUAACACUCAUGGAUGUGAACACAUCUGUGUGAACGACAGAACUGGCUCUUACCAUUGUGAGUGCUAUGAAGGUUAUACCUUAAACGAAGAUAAGAAAACUUGUUCAGCUCAAGAUCAAUGUGCUUUUGGUAGACAUGGCUGUCAGCACAUUUGUGUGAAUGACAGACCUGGGUCCCAUCACUGUGAAUGCUAUGAGGGCUACACUCUGAAUGAAGAUAAUAAAACGUGUUCAGUUCGUAACAGGUGUGCCCUGGGAUCUCAUGGCUGCCAGCACCUGUGUGUAAGUGAUGGGGCUGCGUCCUACCACUGCGACUGUUACCCCGGCUACACCUUGAAUGAAGACAAGAAGACAUGUUCAGCCAUUGAAGAAGCACGAAGACUCGUCUCCACAGAAGAUACUUGUGGAUGUGAAGCCACACUGGCAUUCCAGGAUAGGGUCAGCUCAUAUCUGCAGAGACUGAACACCAAACUUGAUGACGUUUUGGAGAAGUUGCAAGCAAAUGAAUAUGGACAAAUACAUCGUUAAGUUUCUCAAAUUUUUCACCUGGAAAAUAUGGAGAGCUUGGUGUAUUUAAUACUUUGCGUACUCCAAUGUUCCUGCUAAUAAUUUGCCAUUACAAAUGCCUGAAUAUUACUGGAUAAGUAGUAUGAGGAUCUUCUGGAGAAUCAGUAUCAUUUUUCUAAGGAAAUAAAUGUCCAGAUCCUCAUUAAGAACAAACUUUAGUGUCUAAGCUAUGACUGUGAAAUGGUUGGUAGAAAUAGAAUGAAAAGUUUAAUGUUUCUUUCUUUCUUUACUAAUUGAGCCAUUUAAUUUUUAAAUGUUUAUAUUAGUAAGAUAACCAUACUUACAAUGGGAACUUCUGAUCUAUUUUCUCUUGAUAAUAUUUAUGGUAUAAAACAAUCUUAUUACUGAAAGUGUAAAUUGUACAAAGUAUUUACACAUACAAAAGUUGAUAUAAUUAAAUUGAGAGGAAUAUAAUUUAGAACUGUUUCUUUAACAUUUUUUGUUUUUACUAGAGUAUUAUUGAAGCUGUGAUCAGGGGAUUAUAAUAUACAUAUCUAAACAUAGUUAACACAGAUCAAGUGAACAUUACAUGCCAUUUUUAAUUCAUUCUGAUGUUAGAAAGAAACACACAACUAAAGACUUUAGUUGUGAAAUAAGAAUGUUAUAACUUUUUACAAAGGGCAUAAAAUCCUACAUUUAG